CGCAGACUCCGCGGAAGUGACGUCAGGCGAAGAAGAAUCUCUGUUUACAGCAGUGUUUUUAAACUCUGUUCGCAUGAGCUCUCAGAGUGUGAUUUAAGACAUGAUUUGGCGUUUAAACCCUUUUUCUGAAACCCCGACAUGAGCGACGCGACGGAGAGUCGAGAGCAGCGAGCUCCUCUGUCUUCAGCCGCGAUGAAGAGAGCUGAAAUCAGUGACCAGCCGCCAGCGGUGGAGAAGAGAGGGCCGUAUCUCAUGUUCAAGGCUCCUGGUUUCCACACCACGCUCCAGAAGCACAGAGACACGGCCAGACGAGCUCUGCAGAAGAGAGGAUUGGGCUCAGGGAGGACACGACACAAACCACAGACUGUGAGCUUCAGUAAGGGCUACGCUGCUCUGAGUCAGACGGGAGAGGAUUCGCUCGUCUCGCUGGACUCUGACAGUGAUGCGGAGCUGGACUGUUCGUCUGGAUAUUCCUCAGCUGAGGUGCAUCCAGAGCUGAGCAGGCAGCUGCUGAAGGACGGAUAUCACCUGGAUGAGAUCCCUGAUGAUGAGGAUCUGGACCUGAUUCCCCCGAAAGCCCUGAGCUCGUCCGUCUGCUGCUGCUCUGAUGCUGUGUCCUGCUGUCUGCAGUGAGGACUGGACCACAGACUGGGUUUUUACUCCCAUCACACGUCUCAGCCGAACCCCCAAACGCUUGCAGCUGUGAGCUGCGUGUGCUCCAGAGAUCAGUCUGGGAUUCACUGCAUCCUCCCUGCGCUCACAAAUCAGCCCAAAGUCAGAAUAAAUAUAUUAGGAGCUAGAUUUCAAAAUUAGACAGAUCUAAGUACCAUUACAACACCUGUAGUAACAUUAUCUUUCUUAACUUGGUUUAGCCCCAAAGUCUCAUUGCUGUAAUUUAUGGAAGUUUGUUUCUGUCACACGAUGGAAAAGUAAAAAGAUAACUGCAAAGAUAAUUUUUUAAGUCAUAAUUGUCAGAUAUUAACAUGUGAUUGUUAGAAAAAAGGUGCAAUUACAGUGUGUGUGUGUGUGUGUGUAUGUAUAUAUAUAUAUAUAUAAUCUUUUUUUUUAAUGAAUUGUGAUAAUUCGUAGAAAAAAAGUAAAAAAAAAAAUAAGUUUGAAUUAUGAGAUUUAAACUUGUAAUUCUGAGAAAAAAAUCAUAUUUUUAAGAUUAAAUCAUCACAAUAAAAAAAAAGUUUCACAAAAACAGAAUUGCGAGAUGUAAACUUGGAAUUGUUUAUAUCUUACAAUUCAGUUUUUUGUUUCCACCACAAACACACACAAAAAAAUUAUAAUUUAUUUUUUUAAAUUAUUUUUAUUGCUGUAACUUUUUUUGCAUGUUGAAGGAGCUCUGACGGUGAUUUAGUUUAUGAUUCUUUAUCAGUUAUUAAAAAAUAUAUAUAAAUAUAAUAUAUACAUGAGAAAUGUGGUAACACAUUUUUUUGUCCAGCUCACAAUUUAGAUUUUUUUUCUUCUCAGAAUUACAUGUUUCUAUCUUAUCUCUUUAUACCGUGAGGAAGAAGUCUGAAUUGUGAGACAAAUAGUUUCCAUUAUCAUUUUAAUUUUAAUUUUUUUUAUUCCCUUGCUGGACCAGGCUUCCAUAGUCUCCAUCUCUUUUAAAGAUCUCCUUCUCUUCGCUGUAAUGGAUGAGCACAAUCACAUUUAAAUGCUCAGUUAUUUACUCAUCAUGCAGGUAUUUGUUUUCUAAUCAUCAUUUCCCUCCAGACAGCGGCUGAUGAUUUCAAAACUCUCAGAAAAGGAAGUGAAGGUGAAAGUGGGAUCUGAAACACGCAGAAUACCCAUAAUGCUCCAGCUCUCAGCGUUUGGGGAAGUGAAGCAUUACUGAAAUUGAGAAACCUGACACUACUUUACAUACGUGUGUGUGUGUGUGUGUGUGUGUGUUACUCCACUAUGGAAGUUCAAGACUCUUUCAAAAAGUGUUUAUUAAUUUUUUUUAACCGUAUUUUCUCUGUAUGCUUUUGGAUGCACUAAAGCUUUACGAGAUCUCUCUGAUCUUCUGUUUCUCUCCAACAGCAGCACAUUUUGUUACUGAGAUGAAGUGUUGAUGUUACUUUAGUCAAUAUAUGACGUGUUAUUCUGUAUUUAAAAUUGCAUAAUCAAGAAUAUUUUUAUCUCCCCUUAAAUAAGCAUUUGCUCGAGUCUUAUAAAUAUGUGGCUGGUGUUUGUGAUUAAAGUGUGUGUGAGAGUGAGAUUUAAUCAGGUGUCUUUAACACUAUGCAACUUAACACUUUAUUUCUUCACUUUGUAGACACAAGAAAUCAGUUACUGAUUUUAUAAUGCGAUAAUGUUAUUGCCUCUUAUUUUGUUGCAAAGAAAUAUAUUAUUUGUAUUUAACAAUGUUUUGUGACAUUAAACGAAACAGUUAAACUUUC